GUCCCCUCGCUCACUGCCCACUCCCCAGCCCAGCUGCCCUACGUGCCCCAYGUGUCCCCCAUGGCACUGCUGGGCAAGGUCACUGCCACCACCUUCGCGCUGGAGAGGCCCCGCUGCAUCUUUGACGGCCACGCCGAUGCCUCCGACGCCAUUUGGCUGGCGGUGGCUUUUGCCAACGCAUCAGCCACCUUCAGAAAUCCCCAGUCCCGCGCYGAUGUGCCCCCGUACAAGCAGCUGCCCACUGCCCGCUCCUACAUGACGCUGGAGACAGCAGCAGCCGCGUAUUCCUGCUCCUCCUGCUCGGCACCGAGCCCGCCCGUCCUGCGGGUCGGGAGUGACACGGCGUGCAGGGACCAGGGCAGACAGGACCCCUGCAAUGGGCCCCUGCCCUCCCCGGGACCCUACAGGUAAGGCCAGAGCCCCCAAACCCCAGCUGGGGUGACCCGUCACCAGGACAUGCUCGUCCCCCUGGUAUCACCCCCGCGCCCGCUGCAGGGUGAAGUUCCUGCUGAUGGGCUGCCGCGGCCCCAAGGCGGAGACGCGGUGGUCCGACCCCAUCCUCCUGCGCACAGGUACUCGUGGCACUGCCACCCCCCUGCGGGUCCCCCUCACCUGCCCGGGUGGGGUGCUGGCAUGUGGCACAGCAUCAGCCCUGUGCCAUCACCCCAAAACCUGUGGGGAGAAGUGAUCCCCGAUCCUGUCACCAGCCCCAAACC